CACGAUGCAUGGAAAUGAGGGCAGUCCGGAUCGGUCGGUGGACGGGGUUACCAACCAUGGGUUCUUCCAGGAUCUGGUGGACGAAGGUAUCAAAUCCGCGAAAACGGCUCCGGCGGCGUUGGCCGUGACAAGGCCGCUAUACCAGCAGGAGGAUUUGAACCACGAUAUGCAGUACAAUGAGCCUAAGCGGAGUAUAGUGGCGGAGGUGCUAAACAGUGUCAAAGGGUGCAGUGCGAAACAGUGGGCCAAAAGUGUGUUCCCGAUUGUGGGCUGGAUGUCCGAGUACUCGUGGAAGAAGGAUAUUGUGUCGGAUUUGAUUAGCGGUUGUACGGUGGCGGUGAUGCAAAUUCCCCAGGGCAUGGGGUACGCCCUGUUGGCGAAUGUCCCACCCAUAGUCGGGAUCUAUAUGGCGUUCUUUCCGGUGUUGGUGUACUUUGUGUUGGGCACUUCGAGGCACAAUUCGAUGGGGACGUUUGCAGUGGUGUGCAUCAUGGUGGGGAAAGUUGUGCUUAAAUAUGCAAAUCAGGAUGAUGUGGUGGAAAGUGGAUCGAAGGCGAUGAACGACACGUUAUUAGUAGUGGCCAAGGAGAACAGUGAUGGGGCCACGGUGGGACCCAUAGAGGUGGCGUCGGCGAUAUGCUUCAUUGUGGGCAUUAUGCAGCUGAUAAUGUACGUCGGUCGAUUGGGAGUGAUUUCUUUCCUGCUAUCGGAUGCAUUGGUGUCCGGUUUCACUACCGGAGCUGCCAUCCACGUACUCACUUCACAGAUCAAAGACCUCCUCGGUAUUUCCCUGCCGGCCCAGAGUGGUAAUUUCGAAGUCAUAAACACCUACAUCGCCAUAUUUACGGACAUUACCAAGGCUAACUGGGCGACCAUCGUGAUAUCUGCCGUAACGAUUGUGGUCGUGGUGGUGAACAACGAAUAUCUGAAGCCAAUUGUCGCCAAGCGAAGCAGCAUUCCGGUCCCGAUCGAGCUCAUUGCGGUUAUCAGCGGAACACUGAUUUCAAAAUAUGCGUCACUACAGGCACAGUAUAACAUCAAACCUAUCGGAAACAUACCGACCGGGUUCCCUGAACCCACCCUUCCGAACACGGAUUUGAUGACAUCGCUUCUUCUGGAUAGUUUCCCAAUCGCCAUGGUUGCAUACGCCGUGUCCGUAUCGAUGGCCCUUAUCUUCGCCCAGAAGCAAAACUACGAGAUCGACUUCAACCAGGAGCUGUUGGCAAUGGGCACCAGCAAUGUGUUCGCGUCGUUCUUUUCCUGUUUGCCGUUCGCGGCGUCACUGUCGCGCUCGAUGAUUCAGUACACGGCCGGUGGAAGAACGCAAAUCGCUGCGGUAAUAUCCUGCGGAAUAUUGGCCAUUGUGCUUUUGUGGAUUGGUCCGUUUUUCGAACCGCUGCCACGUUGCGUCCUAGCGGGGAUCAUUGUGGUUUCGCUGAAGGGGCUACUUAUGCAGGUCAAGCAGUUCCGACCGUUUUGGAACCUUAGCAACGUGGAUGGGAUCGUGUGGAUGGCAACGUUUCUUACAGUCGCCUUAGUUGCGAUUGAUAUUGGGUUGCUGGUCGGAAUAGUACUGAGCAUUUGUACUAUUUUCUUCCGCGGUUUGAAACCAUACACGUGCAUUUUGGAAAAUGUACCCAACACGGACCUAUACUUGGAUGUCAAUCGUUAUAAGGGAACGAUCGACAUUCCCGGAAUCAAAAUCUUCCACUUUUGCGGCAGCUUGAAUUUUGCCUCCCGAACCAGCUUCAAGACGAGACUAUGCGAAACACUGGGUCUGAAUCUCACACAGGAAAUCAAGAACUCAAAGUCCAAAGGCUACAAGAGGAAGUUCAGCCUGCGCUAUUUGGUGCUGGAUUUCACUGCACUGAGCAGCAUUGAUCCGUCAGCGAUCGCAGCGCUGAAGGCUUUGAUCGCCGAGUUUAACAAACUAUCGGUCAAGGUGCUGGUGGCGGGAUUAUCCUGUCCCGUGUACGAAAAAAUGGUCCAUUGUAAGCUGGUCGGACAUGACGAUCAGGAUCAUUGCAAAGCAUUCCCAACGAUACACGACGCGGUUCUAUGGGCGCAGGACGCCUCGGCAAAUGAUUCCGGGCAGGUCAGUAUCAUGGGAUCCGAAAGCGCGUGAAAAAGUGAACGAAUAGAUGAUUAAGGGUAGUUUUUCGUAUAAUGAAACGGAUAACAGUUUUAAUGUUAUCCUUCGACACGUACCCUUUUGCUGUGUAGGGUCGCUGCGAUCAUCUUCAUUUAACGAUAAGAACUCUAGGCCUAACGGCAGCAGAACUCAGUAUUUUUAACAUUAAAAGAUUACUUU